GCGGUCCGGCGCUCCUGGGCUUGUGGCUGCUACUGCCUGGAAAGGGGAGGAAUACAGGACGAGGCAGUGCAGAGGGGCUUGCCCCGGGGAUGCCCCGCACUGGGCCGGCUGGAAGCGAGCGCUGUGCCUGGAGCGGGAUGCCCCGGCAGCCCCUGAGUCUCUGUGUCGUAGGUGAGCGGCUGUGCAGCACAGAGGAGGCCACGGCUGGUAGUGGGACCUACACUCGUCAUGGCUUCAUCUUCUCCUCGCUGGCUGGCUGCCUGGAGAGGAAAAACGAGGACAACGAGCUGCCCGUGGUUUCGGUGGUGAGAGACAGCGAGUCCCAGCUCCUGCCCAACGUGGGGGCUGUGGUGACCUGCAAGGUCUGCAGUAUUAACUCUCGCUUUGCCAAGGUGCACAUCCUAUAUGUUGGCUCCACACCACUGAAAUCCACCUUCCGAGGCACCAUACGGAGAGAAGAUAUCCGAGCCACGGAGAAGGAUAAGGUAGAAGUGUACAAGAGCUUCCGUCCAAGUGACAUCGUCCUGGCCAAAGUUAUCUCCCUGGGGGAUGCACAGUCCAACUACCUGCUGAGCACAGCAGAGAACGAGCUGGGCGUAGUGGUGGCACGCAGUGAGGCAGGGGUGCAGAUGGUGCCCAUCAGCUGGUGUGAGAUGCAGUGCCCACGGACGCACACCAAGGAGUUCCGUAAGGUGGCUCGAGUGCAGCCCCAGUUCCUGCAGACCUAACAGCUGAGGGGGGGCAGGGGGCUGCAGGACUGGGGCCUGUGGAGCCAGAGCAGCCCCUGGGUUCCCACCUCCUUUGCAGGUUCAGCCAGGCCUCCACUGGCAGGACAGGUUUGCUACUUGUGAAUAAUAAAUAUUUUUUGAGAUCUCCA